UUAAUUCACGUCGCACGACGAUAAACAGAAAACGAGUUCUACGGAGUUUGGUCGUGGCCGACGAUAAGCAGAGACGGUGAGAUCUCGUGAGAGGAUUUCAGUCGGCAUCAUGGAGGGACUCAGCGAAGGCGACAGAGCUGUCUUGACCAGCAUUUUCGAUCCCCUUCAGCCGCUCGGCCUGUCUGACUUUCCGCAGGAACUUGAGACGACCGCUGCUCUCGAGGAUGACUGCUUGGAGCCGCAGGUGCUGGACACGGUGAAAAGGGCAAUAGUGUGUGCGGAAGCGAAGAACUUCGACGAGUCCUUUCGACUUUUCGACGAAGCCCUGACGAAGGCACCCGAGUCAUCGGCGAUCCUGAACGACAGGGCGCAGGCGUUACGUUUGGCGAAUCGGCACGAAGAAGCUUUGAAGGACCUGCAUCUGGCGGUGGAACUGAGCGGAGGGAAAGGGAAAGCCGGCGUCCAGGCGCUCUGUCAGCGCGGCGCCCUUUAUCGCUGGAUGGAGCGGGACGAGAAGGCGACGGAGGACUUCAGUCGAGCGGCCAAGGCAGGCUCGAAUUUCGCCAGGUCGCAAUUGGUCGCCCUGAAUCCGUACGCGGCCAUGUGCAACGCGAUGCUGCGCGAGAUCACCUGCAAGGCCAGUUAUCCGUGACGCGACGCGUCGCUGCCGUACAUUUUAUAUCAACGACUGCUCCAUAUAGAUAACGCUUUAUUUUAUUCUCUAUUUCGAAAUACAGGUAAAAUCACGAGUGGUAUAUUCCACAUCGAUACGAAAAAUGUUUCGUCGUCGCGUCGUCAAAUGAGAAUAACAAUAAUACUAAAUAUUAUUUGGAGAAAUUACACAUAAGAAUAUAAAUUACAAUCUCUCUCUCUCUAUCUCUCUUUCUUUCUUUCUCUUUCUUUGUUAUUAAACGUCGGGAUAAAUUCCUUCGUGAGGUGUGGACUUAUUUAUUUCUGCUAAAAAAGGAACUCGCGCUAGACAGGGCGAAACGAUGGAGACACCGGUUGAAGUUUGUACCCGUAAAGAUUUCAUUCUUCCAGCUAAAUGAUUUUUCCCCCGGGGGAUAUAGAGAUUUUCUCUUUCUCACACACACACACACGCGCGCGCGCGCGCACAUACACCCAAUGGCGAGAACAUGAUGGAUCUCGCCUAACUACAAUUGUUUUACGUUUCGUCGGUAGACACAUCAAGCUCGUUGAGAGAUUGAAGACUUCGAACGAGUAUUCAAUUUAUUCAACAGAAACCAAACGUACCUUCGCGAGAAAACGCGAUUACACGUUUAAAGGAUAACAUGAUUCUCCUCGAAUUACAUACACACACACACGCAUGCACGCACGCACAUAUAUAUAUAUAUAUAUAUAUA